AAGAGGCGCGGCCGCCCGCUGUCGGCUCUUUUUUCCCUCCCCUGCUCCCCCCCGGGAAGCGGCUCGCUCUCUGCUUCGCUCUCUCUCUUUUUUUCUUGUUUUUUUAUUUUAUUUCCCACCCCCCUUUCCCUUCCCUCCUUUUUUUCCCCUUCCAUUUUUGCCUCCCCUUCCCAAGCUAGCAAGGCGCUUUUCUUUGCCCCGGGGGAGGCGGUAGUGGCAGCAGCAACCACAACAAUAGGGCCAGGUUGAACGCUCAGAGGGACGUCUCCCCUCCUCCUCCUCCUCCCCCCUCCAGCCCCAAAGCGCCGCUAAGAGAGCCCCAAACAAGCUACCAACCAUGGAGGCAUGAACACCGCGGGCAGCCGCCGCGCCGCCGCCGCUUCUCCAUCUAACAUGGAACGAGCCGGAAACUAACGAAGAUCGAAAAAGCAAACCAUCGCUUUCUCUCUCUUGCCCGGUUGGAGCCGCCACCAUGGGGUUUUAAUGGAGCGGAUGCUGGCCAGUUGCAACGGGGAUUUGUACAGCUUUGCAGGGGAGGUAGCUGUAUCCAGUUGGGUGGCAGGCAGACCCAAGGGAUACCAUGAAGUUUUCAGGACCCCUGGAGAGCCAGAGGUUGUGUCUCCUUCUGGAGACAGCAAUCUCUAGGGAAGCUCAGAUGUGGAAAAUGCACCUGCCCAAAAUACAGCCCAGUCAGGAUGUAGGCAUUUCUCCAACCCAGCGGGAUGAAGUGAUUCAGUGGCUGGCCAAACUCAAGUGCCAGUUCCACCUUUACCCAGAAACUCUGGCCCUGGCCGUCAGCCUCUUGGACAGGUUUUUAGCUGCAGUGAAGGCCCGUCCAAAGUACUUGAACUGUAUUGCGAUCAGCUGCUUCUUCCUCGCCGCCAAGACCAUUGAGGAAGAUGAGAGGAUUCCAGUGCUGAAAGUGUUGGCCAGAGACAGCUUUUGCGGCUGUUCUCCAGCUGAAAUUCGCAGAAUGGAGAAGAUCAUUCUGGAUAAACUGAACUGGGAUCUUCACAUGGCCACGCCACUGGAUUUCCUUCACAUUUUCCAUGCAGUCGCCUUGUCAACCAGGCCUCAGUUGCUGACCACCUUACCUAAGAAGAACCCGUCCCAGCACAUGGCUCUGCUCACCAAGCAGCUGCUCCACUGCCUGACUUCCUACCAGCUCCUCCAGUUCAAGGGCUCCAUGCUGGCGUUGGCCAUUGUCAGCCUGGAAGUGGAGAAGCUUAUCCCUGAUUGGCUGGCCCUCAUCAUCGAACUGCUCCAGAAGGCACAGAUGGACAGCUCCCAGCUGAUCCACUGCCGGGAGCUUGUGGCACAGCACCUUUCCCCUCUGCAGCCUUCUCUGCCACCCAAUUCCGUGUACCUCUACAGUCCCCUCAAGCACAACCUGGUGACCUGUCAUGCGGGAGCUUUCCGAUUACAGCCCUCCCUUGUCCCAGGCCCAGACUCCAAGGACAACAGCAAGCCAGAAGGGCCAACCAGAAGAUCCACUGUGCUCUCCCAGCGACGGGCAGCUCCCGGCAGGUGCAAACAAGCGACGGCCAAGCGCAAAGUGGAAGAGAUGGAGGUGGACGACUUCUACGACGGGAUCAAGCGGCUCUACAACGAGGAGAACGCUCCGGAGGGGGUGGUCCUGGAGGGCAAGCCUCCCUCCGCCUGCAGCGCUGAUGUGUCACGGCAAGGAGGAAACGUGUCCCCCUGCCCUCCCUUGCAGCCUGUUUCUGUCAUGUAGUUGCUACGUCAUGUGCAGGCAACACGGGCAACAAUUGGCCUCUUUGGCUGACAGAGUGAAGGCUGUACCUUGCAGGGCUAAGUGGAAGGGAGCUAAGUUAAUCCUUUUAAAAGGUUCCCACCCCUCUCCUUUCCUUGUGCGGCUAAUUAUAGUUCAACUAUGAUUUAAGUAUUUUAAAAAACAAAAAAAGCAUAAAAAACCUUUUAAAAAAGACCCAAAAACCGAACAAAAAAAGUAGCAAAAAAUGUUUCUUUCUAGCGUUGUCUGUUCCACUGUUUUAAUCUGCUGUUGUGUGUUGUAACUCCAUCUGCUGUGUUGGAGAGUUCACACUUGAGUGUGCAAAAUCCUUUCCAGAGUUCUAGCUACAUUCUCUCUCCUUCUGAGAACUCCCUCUUCUCUAAUUCUUCCUUCUUAGCUUUUCGGAUGUCUUGUGUGUGACUUCCUGUAUUUUUGCACUUUUACUUGGGUAACGUUCCUUUUUAUUUCCUUUGCAAACAAGACAGGAACUCCUCCUCAUCCGUCUCUUGUUUUUUUUUAAAUCAUUUAGCACUUUGGUGUUUUAAAUGUGAUUUCUAAAAUUAGAUCUGCAUUUAAAAUUAGGGGGUUGAAAAUGAAAAAGAGAAAAGGAUGCUUGUGAACUGUCCAUCAAAAAACAAAACAAAAUAAAGCCUAUUGCUUUGCAAAUAGAGCCCUGAAGAUGCGUGAGGACAGUUGUGUUUUCUUUGGAUAGUUUAAUCUGCAGGCAAAAGAAUGAGCAUUUUUAAUUUUAUACAAAAGUGGAAGCAAAGUUUGCGACUGCUGUUAGAUUGACCAAAGCAAACAUUUUGUUUAAUGUGCUUUUUACACAAGCACACAGAAACACACAUGCUUUAAAGAAAUGUGCAUCAAAUGCAAAAUGUAAUUAAAGAAAAAAACUUAGCUGAUGUUGACACUACCGUGUUCCCGGGGCAGUUUUGUAAUAGUGAGUUUUCACUUUAAUUUGUAAAUGAUCAGCACAGAUGUCUCCCACACUCCCCUCCUCCAACUCUUAUGUUCGUGUAACUUUUUAACCUUGACGGAGGGGCAAAGGAGGCCUUUAAAGAGCUUGUACUUCCGCGUUACAACUCUCUGCUUCUUGGAAUAGCAGCUCCUUGAUUUUAAAGCUCUCUUCACAGCCUCUUGGAAGGUAUUGCAUUCAGCGGUCAUACUGAGAAAAGCCUACCGGUAGCAAUAAAAAAAACAUGUUGUCCAUCA